CAUCUCUUCUCGCAAUUCACUCACUAACACACACACACACACACACACACACAAAACCUCUCUGAAAUCCGGUGGAGCGGAAUCGCCGCCGCAGCUGCAGUAGCUUCGUCUUUGCACAAUUAAUCUAGCAUUCCAAAUUCCUCUGCCAACACUAAUAAUCAAGAUCAGAUCCUCCGCGCCUCUUUUUUCUUCUUCGCAAGAUUUCUCCUCCUCCAAGCUUCUUCUUCUCUACGUGUCAACAGGUAACUUUUUUUGUGGUUUUACAUGGCAGCUAUAGCCCUCGGAUAGUCGCCCUUGGCUUAUCCAACUCUAACUCUAUAUAUCUUUAAUGACGCUGAGGAAACCUCCUCUUCCUCGUCUUGUCCUUGACAAUGUCUCUUGCAUGAGAAAUGCACAACAGAUUCUCCGCCAUGUCAAUGCCACUGUUCACGAUGGAUCAGCUCUCGUUCUAUCAGGUACCAAUGGCUCAGGAAAAACUACUUUGCUGCGCAUGUUAGCUGGCUUCAACAAACCAACUGCUGGGCAGGUGCUGUGGAAUGGCCACGACAUCACUAAAUCGGGUAUUUUCCAUCAGUACAAGCUUCAGCUGAACUGGCUUGCACUCAAAGAUGGCAUCAAGGAUAAAUUCACAGUCCGGGACAAUGUUUUAUGGUUUGAGCUUCUCGAAGGAAAGGAAGGGAAUUCACUGCCUGCCCUAGAGCUUAUGGGGCUGGGGAAGCUAGUUAAUGAGAAAGCAAGAAUGCUUUCCAUGGGGCAGCGGAAAAGGCUGCAACUUGCGAGGUUACUAGCUAUGGACAGGCCAAUAUGGUUGCUUGAUGAACCUUCCGUCGCGCUGGAUGGUGAAGGCGUGAAGUUGCUCGAGUAUAUCAUCCACGAACAUAGGAAGAAAGGGGGGAUUGUCAUUUGCGCAACGCAUCUUCCUAUUGCAAUGGAGGAUCCCAUGGUUUUGAGGUUGCCACCAAGGUUCCCCAGAAGGAUGACAUUGGUCGACAUGCUCGAUCGCGGUGGACCUGAUUGAAACUUGCAAGAUAUGCAUGUUAUUUUAGUUCAUAAACCUGUAGCUGUGCUCGUGAUAAACUCACGUUCGUGUGCAAUAGCCUGCGAAUUAUGUAGGAUUGAUAAACAUUACUUGGAAAACCAGGUGAGUGAGAUUUAAACAUAUGACAUUUAGCCUCAGCUGUAGUUUAGGUUGUUUCAAAGUGAUUGAAUCAUGUCAUUCUUUGACCUAAGUUGUAUGUGGCAUUUGUACAUGAGAUUUAUUUGAGAUAAACUACUCAUAUUUACAAA